AUGCGUAUUGUUGUUACACAUCAUAUCAUUGCUAUUGUUGGAUUAAUUCUCCUAAUCAACAUCGCGUUUGUUAAACUGGAUAGUACUAAAUUCACUAACGAAUUCGUUUUACAUGUUAAUGAUGGUGAGCAGGCAGCACGAUUACUAGCAGAGAAAUAUCAAUUACAAUUCGAACGACAAGCUAUACCAAAUGAGAAUUACUUCGUAUUCCGUCAAGCAAUCAAUAGCCGAAGACGAAAGCGUUCAGCAAAUGGAUCAGAUCGCGAACUUGUUAGAGAACUCCAAAGCGAUCCAUUGAUUGAUUGGGCUGAACAACAACAAGUGAAAAAACGAGUCAAACGGAAUGUGAUGUAUUAUCAUCGAAUGAAGUCAUUUCUAUCAUCGACAUUCAAUGAUCCUGAAUGGGAUAAACAAUGGUAUAUGCAUGAUGAGAAUGAACAUGGCCGUGCAAUGAACAUAUCAGGCGCCUGGCGUCUUGGUUUUACUGGUAAAGAUGUUGUCGUAACCAUCCUUGACGAUGGCAUAGAGAAAGAUCAUCCUGAUUUGAUUCAAAAUUAUGAACCGCAAGCAAGUACCGAUAUCAAUGGUUUUGACAAUGAUCCUCAACCACGUUAUGAUCCAACCAAUGAAAACAAUUAUGAUAUCAAUGGAAAUGACAGCGAUCCACAACCGAGAAUGACAGCAACUAAUGAUAAUAAACACGGAACGAGAUGUGCUGGGGAAGUUGCUGCGGCAGCAAAUAAUAAUAUUUGUAACGUUGGAGUGGCUUAUAAUGCACGAAUUGGAGGCAUUCGUCUCUUGGAUGGCGAGGUGACUGAUUUAGUCGAAUCUAUGGCAUUGAGUUUUCGGCCGGAUUUUAUCGAUAUUUAUUCUGCUAGUUGGGGCCCGGACGACGACGGAAAAACAGUUGAUGGACCAGCUACAUUAGCUCAGGCAGCAUUUGAAAAUGGCAUCAAAUAUGGUCGACAAGGUCUCGGUUCAAUUUAUGUAUGGGCAUCAGGAAAUGGCGGAAAAGACGAUGAUAAUUGCAAUUGUGAUGGCUAUACGAAUUCUAUUUAUACAGUAUCUAUUUCGAGCGCUACAGAAAAUGGCAAUAUACCUUGGUAUUCUGAAGCAUGCUCUUCUACGUUAGCUACAACCUAUAGUAGUGGAGCGUCGGAUGAAAAGCAAGUCGUCUCAACAGAUCUACGGAGUCAAUGUACAGAAAAUCAUACAGGAACAUCGGCGUCGGCACCAUUAGCUGCCGGAAUGAUUGCUUUAGCACUUGAAGCUAAUCGUAAUUUAACUUGGCGAGAUGUUCAACAUUUAAUUGUGGAAACAGCUAAACCAAGAUACUUAAAUGCACUAGACUGGAAAACGAAUGGAGUCGGUCGGCGUGUUAGCCACGCAUUCGGUUUUGGAAUGAUGGAUGCUGCUCAGUUCGUUCUGAAAGCACAAAAGUGGCAAACAGUUCCAUCUCAACAUGUAUGUCAUCAAACUGAUCCAAAUAUUGUUGCCAAAACAUUCAAAAAACACGAACGAGUCGUUAUCCAAAUGUACACCGAUGGUUGUCUGAACACAGAAAAGGAAAUUAACUUCCUUGAACAUGUCCAAUCGAAACUUUCUGUUAGAGUGAAAUAUCGAGGAAAUUUGCAAAUCUUUUUAACUUCACCCAUGGGUACCAAUUCCACAUUAUUAGGUCGACGAGUUGAAGAUGAUUCGGCUGAUGGAUUCAAUAGUUGGCCGUUCAUGACUGUACAUAAUUGGGGAGAAUCACCUCGUGGUGUGUGGACAUUAGAAAUAGUUGAUGUAGAAAACAAUGUUAUUUUUCUCAAUUGGUCCCUGAUUUUCUAUGGUACUCAAAGUAAUCCCUCACAUAAAUUAGCAACUUCUACUCCAUCGAAAGUUGUCGCUGCGAAUGUUCACCUUCAUCCAUCUGAUGAACUCAAUACGAACGUCGCUCGUUCUCGUUCUACCAACCAUCAUAACUCUUUUCACACUCGUCAUCGAGAAAAAAACCAAAUGUCUGGUUUAGCUUAUUUUUUUAAACCGAAAAUAAGUGCCACAGAUUCGGCAUCAUCAUCAGCAACAGAGAAACGUUCUGGCCGACGUUCGAAAGCAAGCAAAUCGUCAGAAACACCAGCGACCAUUGAGACGCCUGUCGAAUCGAUGGAAACUGAAGAAAAUAUUCCAGAAACCAAUGAUAAUCAUGAAGAAGCGCCACCUCCACCUCCACCAGAGCCACAGCAGACGGAGAAUCUUCCGACAGCAACGCCAAAAAUCAAGCUAAAGUUCAAUUUUCGAUCUCAAUCCAUUCAUGAUGCAUCGGAAAGUCCAAUUAUAACCAAUGUUACUAAUGAAACGAAUGAUCUAUCUGAUGACGAAUCAUCGGACAACGAUACUCGGCUAAAAAUUGACGAUGAUCAAGAGGAUUUCGAAGAGCAAGAUUCACCAUUGCCAUUGCAACACCAAGAAGAGAUACCUAUGGCAAUAGUUUCACCAUCGAAGAAGAAAUCUCAGUCAUCUCGUAAGAAAGUGAUUAGUCAUUUAAUUGGAACAACGACCAAUACAUUGUCAUUUGAUGAACCAAGUCCAAUUAAAAUUCCUUUGAAUGACUCACAAUUCAGUGAGAUCAAACAGACAAAAUCUGGUCGAACGAUUAAAUACACACCUUACUUCAAAGAACUUGUUCAAGGCGCAACUAUUUCUCCGCCGACAUCACCUGUUCAUUCGUCAGCACCGGCGAAACGUCCAUCAUCGUACUCUAAGAAGAAACAAUCAUCGAUUAAGGCUGAUUUGGAUGCUAUCAAAAAUGGCGGUUUACCAGGAACUAUCAAUUCUAAAGGGAGAAAAUCGACGGGAUCGCCCAAAGCAAAAAAACAAACAAGUUCACCCGUGAAACGUGCUGGUCAAGGAAGAAAAUCGGCUACGCCGAAGCAAGCUACCACUGCAAAAUUGAAACGAAUCUCAAAUCAAAUGCCUGCAGAUAACCAAAUCGAAAAUGAAGACGACGGCGAUGACGACAAUGAUGAUGAAAUUCAUCAAUCACAACGGCUAAGUGAUGAUGAAGAAUUUCAUCAUGAAGGUCAGACGUCGGAAGAAGACGAAGAUGAAGGUGAACGUAGUAUCGAUGCUGAAGAAGAUCAGACAUCCGAAGCUGAAACCGAUGAAGAAGAAUGGACAACAGGCAGUACCAAGCAAGAGCAUGAUCGAACAUUUGGACUCACAGCAACGCUUGGCUCUGUAUCUAGGGAAAUGUUUGACGGAUUUUGUCUGUGGUCAAUGAGAUACCGCGCGCGUCAUCGGGCAACGGCGCUCGAUGAUAAACGUCUUCAUCGUACGUGGAAAAAAAUGAGCGCACACGAUCGUCAACGUUGGUGUUUAAAAGCUGAAAAAGAAAAUUAUCAUUAUCCAAUUACGGCUGAACUUUUGAAAGCUUCGACAAGCGUGGAAUCAUCAGCGACAACACCGAAGUCAGCAAAACCAGCGAAACGAAAAAAAGGUACGGAUGAUCAUCCUCCAAUACUUCUUCAGAAAACGUUGAACCAAUAUUCGAAACAACAACCAUCACUAUCAUCAAUUCGACCACCUAAUGCGUUUGUUAAACCACCAACUGUCAUUACGCCGCCUAAGAAUUAUGAUAUUGUUGAUAUCGCUGCUGGUAUCUAUUUACUUGGUGAAUCAUUAACAAAAAUGGGUGAGAAAGUUCGACAAUUGAGUCAUCUGAAUCCUCGUGGCACAUCGGCAGCAACGUCUAUCGAUAAUCUUGCUGCCAUUCUCUUUGAUGGAACAUUAUGUGCAUGCAAUCUAAUGGCUUGUCUUGCAAAUGAAGUGACAACAACGAAUCCCUCAACAGCUAAAUCAGAUCCACUGACGAACAAGUUGAUGGAAAAUGUUGGCAUUAUCUUACCUGGACUAAAUUAA